ACUACCCCUCCUUUCUCUGCACAAGUCUGCUUCCAUCUUCAUCACUGCUGUCUUAAACACACAUCCAAAAAAAAAAGAAAAGCAAUAUUGCUUUUUAUUUUAUUUCUUUUUCUCUCACAGCAACAACAACAAUACCAACAACAACAUGAUGUGUCCUUCUUUUCUGCUUCUUUGUCCUUCUCUGACUUCUCCUCUGUUUGAUAUUAGAUAUACUACAACACCAAACCCAGAACCUUCCUCUCAUCUCUCAUCCUCUCUUUCUCUCUUCUCAUUUCUUAUUUCAAGAGCUUAUCCUCAUCCUUCAUCUCUCUCUCCUUCUUUCUUUUUGUGGUUACACAUCUUGUGUUAAUCUGAUGAAGCGAACUCACGCCGGUUCCAACCCUAAUCCUUUUGAGGAUCCGAAAGUCAGAUUUAGGCAUCUCAGCCUUAUGCAAGAUUAUCAAGAACUGCAUAUGGACACUGAAUCAAUGAGAAAGAAGUUACAGACUCUCCGAGAGAGAAAGGCAACAAUAAUGGCCGAAGUCCGGUUUCUUCGGCGGAGAUACAAACAUUUGAGACAAGUCCAGCCUUUUAUGCACCCACCAGAUGUUAAAAAGAGUGGGAAGAAGAGUAAAACGCAAGUGUGUCCUAAUAAGAGUAGUGAAGCAGAAACAAAACAUGUUUCACUUCCUGACUUAAACCACUCGGAAAACGAAACCAAAACCGGACUUGAGAAAAGAGUUCCCUUGUUUGAUCUAAACCAAAUAUCUGGAGAAGAAGAAGCAGAAACAGAAGCAAUGAACAAUGUUCACGAGAGAACAAGCGUCGAAGAAAGUAAUUCAUGUAAGAGACCAAACAGCAUCGAGAUGCAGCAGAAAGAGAUGAAGCUAUCAUCGUCUUGCAGGAACGGAGGAAACGGAUCAAACAAGAGGAAAGUUUCGUGGCAAGAUCCUGUGGCAGCAGCAGCUCUCAGAGUCUAAUAAUAACUCAAAAAAAGUCAACCAUCUUGUAACAUAGUUUCCACACUUAAUAAAUCAAUGUAGCUUCUGUAUUUGCUUUAUAUCUUCUCCGUUGAAAACAUUAUCCAAAUGUGGCUUUGAAACAUAAAAAACCUUAUCCCCUUCUCUGUUUCUUGAAG